CAAGCCUUCGUUGCGAGAACACGUGCGUUUCCGUUCGUACCGCGACGAUCCCUCCAUCGCGGCUAACGCGAGAGACUCCUUUUUUUCUCUUUCUCUCCCUCUCUCGCUUCUGUGUGUGCGCGCGCGCGUGUUUCAUUUUGUUUUUCCCCUUUUUGUUUUUGGUGUGUGCGUGCUCCGACGGUAUCUGGCACCGAGAGAGAGAAGUGGCAAGUGUUCUUGGCUCGGCCGUAGGACCCGGACAGUGUUGAAGAGAAAGAGAGAGAGUGAAAGGAGAGAGAAAGAGAGAGAGAGAGAGAGAGAGAGAGAGCGUGAGAGAAAGAGAAAGAGAGGACGAGAGCGUGAGAGAGAGAGAAAGAGAUAUCGGUCGGUGGUCGUGCGCGAGGACCGCCGAAUAACAAAUUCGGUCCCGGUAAAGCCGGAGAUCGUCGUUGGCCAUCGAGGACUCGACCGAGCCUUUCCAAGUGUGUUUCCCCCCCAUUCGCGGUUCCUUUCUCUGUUUUCUUCUCGCGCUUACCCGUGGGUUCCUUACGGACAAGCACACCGCUCUCCCCACCCCUCCAUCCGCCGCCGUCCCUACGCGGAACGCGAACGUUAUGAGGCCAGCUGAGCGUAACUGACGGCGAAGAGGGAGCGAGAACGGCUAGCGUGCGUGCGUGUGUCAAACAUAACCUAAGCGUCGCUCGCCGAGUGACCGCCCCCGACGGAGCUGGCGAUAACAGAGAACGCUGUACCAGCGGCGAGUAUCCUCCGACGAGAACGUGCCCGUGACCGGUGACGUUCCACGCAUCGAGGACACGUUUACCAUCGGAAAUUGUCCAGCAACAACACCGGACGGACGUGCGCCAGGGCCGUUCCGAGGAACGCAUCCGAGGGGACGUCUGACACACAACGCCCCGACAACGGCGCGUACCGAAACGCGCACGAGGACAUCGACUGACCGUUCUUUUCCAAGAAUCGGCCACUCUGCUCUGCGCCGCGCGUGUUAUCGCAUCCCGUCGCGGUCACGAUAAAGGACGCGAUCACGGUCGCUACCGAGCGUGCGGUGUCACGAAACCUCGUCCCUCGAUUCCCGCAACGCCCCACUCCAGCACCCAUUCCCGCCGAAGCGCGGGCGAUUCGAAACGCGCACCAGCCGACGUCGCGUUUCCCACCGGAAAUCUCGUGCGAUCCAUCGAUCGACUGAUCUACCGGCAAGCGAUGGGACCGGAAACGCUGCGACAGUGUUAACCGAGGAACCUCGAGGCACCGGGUUCGAGCACGAACAAAUCGUCAGAUCAACCACGGAUCGACCCGAACGAACGCUCUCUCGGAUCGAACGAUAGAAGAACCGGCGAUCGAGGGUACCGGUGAAGAGGAACAGAUUAAAGGGAACGACCCGGACGGAGUUGUGUGUCAGUGUCUCGCGCGCGUACCGGUGUCUCUCGACCGCGGCCGACAAGGAUCAUUGGGGGAGGAACAGUGUGUGUGCGUACCGUAUACAUGUGCGUGUCUGCCCCUCUGCCCUCCGACGCGGGAAAGGUGAGCCAGUGACGGAGAAAAAUCGACGCUCGUUUCGAGAUACUGGAACGUCUGGCGAGGGGGGCGCGGAGGAGAGGCGUGUCUCGGGUUCUUCCUCGAAGAAGCAGAGACCGUUGGCGGUGGCGGUGGCGGUGAACCAAGGAAAGGGUUGAGAGGAGGUUGGCCCCCAGGGAGAGCGGAGAGUUUUGAUGGCAGUAGUUGGGCCCAGCCGGCACUCGCGGGUGUCCAUGAGCGUGUCUAUGUCGCUGGUGCAGGGGGGUGGGGCGGGAGCGACAGGCGGCGGCGGGACAACCGGGGCCCAUCCCGGCCAAGCGGUCCUCGCCGUGGCGGCCGCGGCCGCGGCUGCGGCCCAGGCACCCCCCACCUACUACCACCCUGCUGCGCCUGCACCCCCGCCGCCGCCGCCAGCCCAGGAUCCCGUUCAGCCGGACAGACCCAUCGGAUACGGUGCAUUCGGCGUCGUUUGGGCGGUCACGGAUCCGAGGGACGGCAGGAGAGUGGCCUUGAAGAAACUGCCGAACGUCUUUCAAAGCCUGGUGAGCAGCAAACGGGUCUUCAGGGAGCUGAAGAUGCUCUGCUUCUUCAAACACGAGAACGUCCUCUCGGCCCUGGACAUCCUGCAGCCACCGCACCUGGACUUCUUCCAAGAAAUAUACGUGAUCACAGAGCUGCUGCAGAGCGAUCUCCACAAGAUCAUCGUCAGCCCGCAACAUCUCAGCCCCGACCACAUCAAGGUCUUCCUCUACCAGAUACUUCGAGGCCUGAAGUACCUUCACUCCGCCAGGAUCCUGCACAGGGACAUCAAGCCCGGGAAUUUACUGGUCAACAGCAAUUGCGUACUUAAGAUCUGCGACUUCGGACUGGCCCGAGUGGAGGAAACCGACCAGAACAGGCCCAUGACCCAGGAAGUGGUGACGCAGUAUUAUCGCGCGCCGGAAAUCCUGAUGGGAGCGCGAUACUACACGGACGCCGUGGAUGUUUGGAGCGUCGGCUGCAUUUUCGGCGAGCUACUUCGCCGGAGGAUCCUCUUCCAGGCGCAGAGUCCUGUGCAACAGCUGGAGCUGAUCACGGAAUUGCUGGGCACGCCGAGCCCCGAGGACAUGAGGUACGCGUGCGAGGGCGCGAGAUCCCACAUGCUGAGGCGCGCGCCGAAGCCGCCCUCGCUGACGGCCCUCUACACCCUCAGCAGCCAGGCGACGCACGAGGCCGUCCAUUUGCUCUGCCAGAUGCUAGUCUUCGAUCCCGACAAGAGGAUCACCGUGGUGGACGCCCUGGCGCAUCCUUACCUCGACGAGGGAAGGCUCAGAUACCACUCGUGCAUGUGCACGUGCUGCUACACGACCAGCGCCGGCAUGAGACAGUACACGGUGGACUUCGAGCCAGAUUCGUCUCACGUGUUCAACGAUCUCUGGGAACGGAGACUCACCACCGUGCAGCAGGUGAAAGAGGAAAUGCACAAAUUUAUAGCGGAGCAGCUGAACACGUCGCGCGUGCCGCUCUGCAUAAAUCCGCAGUCCGCGGCGUUCAAGAGCUUCGCAAGCACCCACACGGACCCGAAAGUUUAAUCGGCCGGACACUCGAAAAUAUUCGACGGAGUCGGCGUUCGGACGGUGUCAGACGGAGGCGUGACUGACUGUUCGCGCGACGGUCGACGGAGGAAAAGCGAACGACGAAAUAAUAAGGACAAAACCAGAGCAUUGAAGACUGGCAAUCAAAACUAAACGUAGGCAGAUUAAAAAGAAAAACGAACAAAAAAAAAGAUAAGAAAGAAAGAAAGAAAGAGAAAGGGAAAGACAGAAGAACAAAGGCGCGGAACCAUGCUCGCGUCUAGCACGAUCGGCACCGCGGCCUUGAACAAUUGCGAAAAAUGAAUUCGACGAAGAUCAUCGAGACACGUCUUGUAUAAAUAGCGAUCAUAGGGUUUUUUCUUAUAGAUGGAGGCUUCGUUCGGCGGAAAAAAUUCGGGGAGCGGCAGUUCUGAGCGUAGCGUGGUUUUUAGAGGAAUUUCGUGGUUAGGUCGGCGAACGUUUAUUUUUUAAAUAGUACGGAAAUUCUUGAAUCGACGAUCGUGCCAGACGGGAACGCGGAUCGGCGGCGAAACUAAAUGCAAUUCUAUGCAACUCUCCUUCAAAAAACAGAUAGAUCGUACAGUUUUGCGAGUAAAAUGCGCGUCUAAUGUAACGCUAGUGAGUAGAUAGGUAGGUACCUGCAUUUCAUGAAAUUUA